AUGGGGGUUCCAAAUCACAGCCUUGACGCUCUCGAAGAGCAGCGCCUCGCGCUCGAAAAUAACAUUCUCCAACUGCAGAAAUCGCUCUACCACUGGCGAACUUGGGAAGCGGAAUACGACGGACUGCGCGAAGAGAUCGGCAAUUUGGGUGGCGAAUCGAGUACAGAUGACUUCCUUAAUGUCGCUUUGGAAUUUGGAGGCACACUCGUGGACGAGAAGGAAAUGCAGGCGAUACUUGGGUCGCAAGGUGUGAUGCGGUCUCGCGGACAAGUGAUUGAUCUCCUGGGCCGCCGGAUCGACUAUGUGAAGCAGAAUGUGGCGACAAUGGAGAAGAGAGUCCGGAAGGCCGAGGAUGAACUCUCUGCUCUGGGCGCAAGGGAUCAGCCGUUGCAAGAGGGUGGAGAGUUUCCGAUGCAGGAGAUUAUGGAGGAGCUUGACGAAGAUGGAAAUGUUGUGUCGAGCUCGAUCAAUACUCCCGGAAGCCAGGCAUCAGAAUUGUUGGACGUGUUGAAGAAGGCUGGUGUCAAGGAUAUCCCGGAUGCUGAAGAGUCGAAGACUAUUGCUACCCCCAUCGAGGCUAUACCUGAGGAGGAUGUUGGUGAGCUGAGCAGCUCGAGGGCUGCAGGCGAGCAGGCUGAUUCAUCGAGAGAUCAAAAUGCGCCUCUUCCGUCAAAUGACAUUUCCCGCGAGGAUCUCGACCUCAAGCGCCCUGUGUCGGUUGUAACUCCCGAGGAUCGUCAGCAGCCGCCUGUCACCGAUGUAAAUGAAAAUGUGGAAGAUGCGAGACUACGCCGUGAAAUGCUCCAAUACGGCAUUGAUGAAGUGGGCGCAAUCGUGGCCGAACUUGAAAUGAACGAGUCCGGAAGUGAUGUCUCUUUCGACGAAGACUAUGAUUACGACUAUGACGAGGAAGAUAACGAGGACGAAUACGGCCGUUCUCACACUGCACUUCCCGAGGAUUAUCACCAGCAGAUGCGGGAGCUGGAAGCCAAGCUUAAUGCUCGCGGCUUGAUGAACAUGGGCAAGGACACGCAAACAUUCCCCGAAGAAGUUCAGCAGGAGAUCGGAAAUAUUACUGUGGUUGAGACCGAAACCGAGUCUACUUCGAAGGACAAGAAACCAAAGAAGCGUGUUGCAUUCGCCGAUAAUCUUGACAUCGCACCGGCUCCUGAAACACAGGCUACCGCCGAGAAGAUUUCUCCCCCGCAAGACGAGCCCAAGGUGCUCGCUGAUUCCAUUGUUGAGCGUACAAGUCGUCCCCAGGAACAACCUCGACCUACGCCAUCAGGCACUAAGAAGGCUUCACGGUUCAAGAGUGCUCGAGGUACCGCACCAGGCACUCCGGCCAGCGAAUCUGUAACUUCAGGCGCUACCACAACGCACCCUACCGAAUCUCGAAUUCGCAAGCAAGCAAACGCAACUCCAUCUACCGCGCCUCCCACUCUCUUCCCAGCCACACCCAAAGAGCCUAAGCCUUUCUCCACACCUAUCACCGAUAUCACCGAGAACGAGCACAAGCCCUACACACCCAAACCUCCUCAGGACAGAACACUGGCCGAGAAAGUCUUCGAACGUCAGGUCACAGCCGGAGCCGCCAAAGCACCAGAACUGGACCACUACGAUGAAGAGCUCCACCAGAAGCAGAUUGCAUCUGAAUUCUUCCACAUGCAGAAUCGCAUGUCUGGAAAGAGUGGUUCCCAAGCCGAGGAAGAACAGGUCAUUCUCCCACCUGAACCGGAGGAGCCACCCAAGCGCGUGAGCAAGUUCAAAGCUUCGCGCAUGGGUUAG